CCCUUCUUCUCCAUCAACUUCAGUUGCAUAAUUACUCCAUUCUCUUCCUUAAUUUCUUAAAAAGUUUGCAUAAUGGGUCGCCUAGCUUCUUUUGCCACUCUUUCUGCAAUAACAACAUUGUUCCUCUUGUUAUCCACCGUCCCAUGCCAAGCACAGCUCUCUCCCUCGUUUUACGACACCACGUGUCCUAACGCACUCAGUACAAUCCGGACUUCCAUCCGACAAGCUGUGUCCCGUGAGAGGCGAAUGGCAGCCUCCCUCAUACGCCUCCAUUUCCACGAUUGCUUCGUUCAGGGUUGUGAUGCAUCAAUCUUACUCGACGAGACCCCUACUAUCCAAAGUGAGAAGACGGCGUUCCCAAAUGUCAACUCUGCAAGAGGCUAUGAAGUGGUAGAGGCCGCCAAACUUGAGGUUGAGCGUAUAUGCCCCGGAGUUGUUUCCUGCGCGGACAUACUCACCUUAGCAGCACGCGACGCCUCAGUUGCAGUUGGUGGUCCAUCAUGGAGUGUGAAGCUUGGGAGAAGGGACUCUACCACUGCCAGCCGUUCACUCGCAAACAGCGAUCUGCCUGGUCCUUCUUCUAGUCUCGACGCACUUAUUUCUGGCUUUGGAAACAAAGGACUCAGUGCCAGAGACAUGGUUGCCUUAUCUGGAGCACACACAAUAGGUCAAGCUCAAUGCUUCUUGUUCCGCGAUAGGAUAUACAGCAAUGGAACGGACAUCGACGCGGGUUUUGCCAGCACCCGCAGGCGCCAAUGCCCACAGAACAGCGGUGAUGCAAACUUGGCACCACUUGAUUUGGUGACACCCAAUUCAUUCGACAACAAUUACUUCAAGAACUUGAUGCAGAGGAAGGGUCUUCUUCAGUCGGACCAAGUUCUUUUCAGCGGAGGAUCCACAGACAGCAUUGUGUCUGAGUACAGUAGGACUCCACAAACAUUCGCGUCUGAUUUUGCAAACGCCAUGAUCAAAAUGGGAGAGAUUGAACUACUCACCGGUCAAAAUGGGAUCAUCAGAAGGGUUUGCAGUGCAAUCAACUAGUUAACUACAACCUACGUAGUUCUUCCUGUUUGACCAUAUUAGGUCCAUGCCAAACUAUCAGCGAGUUUUAGUGUUUUUUCCAUUAAUUAUUAAUUGUAUAUCCAAUUUCAUGCAUUUUCUCUGUAUUUGUAGCGAUCGUUCUAUCAUAAUAUUAAUAUUUUUCGAAGUUUGGGAUUA